AUGACAUGGAUUUCUCGCUCCAUCACGGCCAUUGGUCUCUUGCUGCUGGGUCAUGCAUGCUACUCGGCGCAAGAGCACUCGGCACUACAAUCGUUUAGAGCUGCAUUACCCCUGUCGACGUCUGCAUCUCCGACUGCCACGUCGCUACCGGCAGACAUCAUCACCGAGACAGCUGUUGCCACGAUCAUCAUUGUCCUCGGGCUUGUGUUGGGCGCUCCAAAUCUCCGGCCAAUCCAAUGGCGGGUCUGGGCUGGCAAAAUCGAGAGGGAGGGGGAGCUAGGGUUUCACAACGGCAGUGGCGAAGUUGAAAAGGACUACAUGGGCAAUCCUUUCCGCAUCUUUGAGAGCCGACCAGGCUUUGUCGAUAUUCGAAAACAGAGGCGCGACUUUGCCAACUGGGCUAAGGGUGAUGGCAAGGAUCAGACUACAACUAUUCAGGCAAGAGCUUGA